CAAGGACCUAGCUAUACACAGCCAAUUGCUACUGCAAGAGUCGCCCAUCAUGGCUCUCGCACCUUCGAGCGACGCCGACAAGUACAUCAUUAAGCCUCAGGCCUCCGCUCCGGCUAUCGACACCAGCACCUGGCCGUUGCUACUGAAGAACUACAACGACUUGCUUGUCAAAACUGCUCAUUUCACGCCUAUUCCACAUGGUAGUGCGCCUCUCGAACGCGACCUCAAGUCGUACAUUAGCUCUGGAGUGAUUAAUCUCGACAAACCUUCAAAUCCGUCUAGCCACGAGGUCGUAGCUUGGAUAAAGCGGAUCCUAAGAGUUGACAAAACUGGCCACAGCGGAACUUUGGACCCGAAAGUCACCGGAUGCCUCAUCGUCUGUAUCGACCGUGCCACUCGUCUCGUCAAGUCACAGCAGGGUGCCGGAAAGGAAUAUGUGUGUGUCAUUCGCCUUCAUGAUAAGCUGCCAGGAGGAGAAGCACAAUUUGCGCGUGCCCUCGAGACUCUGACUGGCGCGCUGUUCCAGCGACCUCCACUCAUCUCGGCCGUGAAGCGACAACUUCGUGUUCGAACGAUCCACGAGAGCAAGGUCUACGAAUUUGACAACGAAAGAAACUUAGGUGUUUUCUGGGUGAGCUGCGAGGCCGGAACGUACAUCCGAACCCUGUGCGUUCACCUUGGACUUUUGCUCGGCGUUGGUGCCCACAUGCAAGAGCUUCGAAGAGUGCGGAGCGGAGCCAUGGAUGAAGAGAAGGGCAUGGUCACGUUGCACGAUGUUUUGGAUGCUCAGUGGGUACAAGACAACAACCGUGACGAAAGCUAUCUACGCCGGGUCAUCUCACCUCUAGAGAGCCUUCUCACGACAUACAAACGCAUGGUGGUCAAGGAUAGCGCUGUCAGCGCCGUCUGCUAUGGCGCAAAGCUCAUGCUUCCAGGUCUAUUGCGUUUUGACAAGGAUAUCCAAAUCCAUGAGGAGAUUGUGCUCAUGACUACCAAAGGGGAGGCAAUCGCACUCGGCUAUGCCCUGAUGGCAGCCGUUGAAAUGUUAUCAUGCGAUCAUGGCACUGUUGCUCGAGUAAAGCGAUGUAUUAUGGAUAGAGACCUUUAUCCAAGGCGAUGGGGCAUGGGUCCGGUUGCCUCGGAGAAGAAGAAAAUGAAAGCAUCUGGUCAGCUUGAUAAAUUCGGACGCCCGAAUGAUAAGACUCCGGCGAAGUGGACCACCGAGUACAAGGACUUCAGUGCGCCUAACGGACAGGCUGAUGUCACAAUGGCCGAGACAACGGCAUCCGCCGAGGUGCUUGCUGCUCCUGCACUCCCACUCACAGGAGCGGACGCAGAGGAGGAAGCUGUUGCGAAACCCAAGAAACGCAAGCACCGUGACGAAGAGACCACGCCGGAAGAUGAGGCGGAGCGGAAGCGAAAGAAGAAAGAGAAGAAAGAAAAGAAGAAGGCCGAGAAGGCAGACAAGGGCGAAAAAAAGUCAAAGAAGCGUAAGACUGAAGACAGCGACACCGAAUCUUAAGAACACGAGCACGACUACCUAGUUGUUUGUAUGGCAUGUGACACUAGCCGAUGGCUGUUGUUUGCGAUCACAGGCCAUGUUGUGCACCGCAAUCGGAUAUGCAAGCUUUAGUUAGCGGGUUUCCCCCUGGAUAUUGGUCUGUAUUUUAGCAUGCGGCAAACAGCGCCUUGAAAGCUGGCGUUAUGGCAAGGCAUGGUGGAGUUGGGCGUCUCCAAAAUUUAUUGAGUCGAGAAGGUUGAAAAGGUUAUGGAAGCGGUGUGCAGCGUCGACUACUCGAAUCCUUUCCAAAUUCUAGAUAUGGAGCUGUAGCUAUUGGGGGCGAAGAGGUCAAAUACAUCCAGAAGCCUUAAU